AUGUCACAUGGCGCGUGGUACAACACGUCACAGCACGCGUGGUACAACACGUCACAGCACGCGUGGUACAACACGUCACAGAGCGCGUGGUACAACACGUCACAGGGCGCGUGGUACAACACGUCACAGGGCGCGUGGUACAACACGUCACAGGGCGCGUGGUACAACACGUCACAGGGCGCGUGGUACAACACGUCACAGGGCGCGUGGUACAACACGUCACAGGGCGCGUGGUACAACACGUCACAGGGCGCGUGGUACAACACGUCACAGGGCGCGUGGUACAACACGUCACAGGGCGCGUGGUACAACACGUCACAGGGCGCGUGGUACAACACGUCACAGGGCGCGUGGUACAACACGUCACAGGGCGCGUGGUACAACACGUCACAGGGCGCGUGGUACAACACGUCACAGGGCGCGUGGUACAACACGUCACAGGGCGCGUGGUACAACACGUCACAGGGCGCGUGGUACAACACGUCACAGGGCGCGUGGUACAACACGUCACAGGGCGCGUGGUACAACACGUCACAGGGCGCGUGGUACAACACGUCACAGGGCGCGUGGUACAACACGUCACAGGGCGCGUGGUACAACACGUCACAGGGCGCGUGGUACAACACGUCACAGGGCGCGUGGUACAACACGUCACAGAGCGCGUGGUACAACACGUCACAGGGCGCGUGGUACAACACGUCACAGGGCGCGUGGUACAACACGUCACAGGGCGCGUGGAACAACACGUCACAGAGCGCGUGGUACAACACGUCACAGGGCGCGUGGUACAACACGUCACAGGGCGCGUGGAACAACACGUCACAGCACGAGUUAUCAAACACAUAUUAUUAUUGUGUUUGA